UGUGCGUGUGCGUGUGUGUGUGCGGGGCGUCGGGCUCUGCGGCCGGCGGGCCCCGGCGCUGCUGAGCGAGAGAAAUGUGAGCCGGCUGCACCACUGCGGCGGCACUGCGGGCGCCGGGCGGCAGCGGAGCGGGAGCGCGCAGGCAGCGCCCGCGCCCGCCGAGCCCCGCGGGACAGCGGGGACGGAGCCCGCCUGCCUGCCUGCCUGCACCUGCCGGACGGGGGGGGAAAAGGGGGGUGCCCCAGCUGCAGCCCCCCCCGCCCCCCCAAGGCAGGCAGCCUGCGCUGUCGGCCGGGGAGUGUUGCAUCAGCCCGGCGCGGAGCGGGGGCUCCGCGGCCGGAGGAGGCGGCGGGGGAGCCGGCGGAGGGAGAGCGGAGCCGCGGGGCGGGCGGAAGGUGCCUCCCCGGCGGCGGCUGCGGCGCUACCUGCCGCCUCCCCCCCGGCCGCUGGUCCCCGCGGAGCAUCCGGAGCCAGAGGAGCCCGGCGGGAGCCCGGCGCCGCCAGCCCUGCCUUUGUGCCCGGUGCCCUCCCCGCGCCGGCGGGGAAGCUGCCGGAGCGGGCGGCGGGGCCGUGGGAAGCGGGAGCGGGAGCCACGGCCCGGCCGGGAGAGGCGGCGGAGACCCGGCAGCAUCCUCGGGGAGCCGGCCCUCCGUCCGGGCAGCGCCCGCAUCCCUCUGCCUUUCAGAUAACCUUUAGCCGCUCGGGCCUCCGAACCUUUCCCGGGGACGGAGCGGGGCUCUGGAGGCUAAAUCGGGGACGCGGCCGCACCGGGAUCCCCCGUCCGAGGCACGGCGGGCCAACGCAGCAAGCACGAAGCUGAGCUGGGGACAGAGGUGCUGGGGACGGAGGAUACAAGGCACGUGGCAGCCCCGGCACCAGCUAAGGUGAGCUGCCCUCUGGCACGGGAUGGUCCCUGAACCCCUGCCCCGCGGGAGCUGCCAGUGACGGCAAGUGGGAGAGCCGGGAAGUCAGAGCAAAGGAAUUUGCAAACACAUUCUUCAGUGCCACGAGGAUCCCACGGCGCGUAAACAGGAAUAAAGGCCAGGUGGAGCUGAUCCAGCACGGGAAGAGCCAGUGAAGACGAAGCGGGGGGCUGCCAAGUGACGGCCAAUGUCACGUUAACAUCCCGGUGAGGCUCUGCGGGGAGCUGACGCUUUGAUCGCCCGCCCAAAAGCAUCCUCCAAGGCAGGCAGGAUGCUGCUGUGAGCCCUGCCUUCCCCUGCCCGUCCCAGCCUUGCGCCCAGCACCCUCGGGGCUGGCUGGAGAAGAGGGGUGCGGGGCCCGCUGGCACUGCCCCGUCUCCCCAGGAUGCUCUCCCGCGCCAGCGGCUGCUCCCCGUGCUCCUGUUCCGCGGCCAGACCGAGAUUGAAAGCUCAGCAGGCUGCCGGCAUGUUUUAGCCUCAUGCAGGCGUCCCUCAGAGACCCCAGAGCAGUGGACAGUAAUGUGAAAACGAUACUCAUGUCGUGUCUGAAAGGGCAACAGGUCAUCAUUAAAAUGGAGGCGAUGAAAAUCAUCCACCCGGAGAAGUUUUCAGAGCUGCAGGCCUCACAGCCGCGCUACGCGCCGGCCCCACGCCGCGAGCCACCCCUUGUGGCCAAGCGCGCGUGGCCCUCCGAGUCCGAGAUCAUCGUCAACCAGGCGUGUGGGGACAUCCCCGCCUUGGAUGCCACCCCCGGCCCCCUGCCGCUGCCCCGGACUCCCCCCCUGCCGCGGCGAGAGCGUGGGUACCAGAGCCAGCGGAAGGGCAGCUCGGAGGUCUGCUACCACCGGCAGCCGCCGUCGGACGAGGUGAUCGUCAACCAGUAUGUGCUGCACCCCUCAACGCCCUGUGAGCCCCUUGAGUGCCCCACCUGUGGCCACAUGUACAACUUCACCAACAAGCGGCCCCGCAUCCUCUCCUGCCUGCACUCAGUGUGCGAGGAGUGCCUGCAGAUCCUCUACGAGUCCUGCCCCAAGUACAAGUUCAUCUCCUGCCCCACCUGCAAGCGGGAGACCGUCCUCUUCACCGACUACGGGCUGGCGGCACUGGCCGUCAACACCAGUAUCCUCAACAGACUGCCGGCCGAGGCCCUGGCCGCCAACCCCGUCCAGUGGAGCAGUGACACCGACCGCAGCUGCUACCAGACCUUUCGCCAGUACUGUGGGGCUGCCUGCACCUGCCACAUCCGAAACCCGCUGUCCUCCUGCACCAUCAUGUGAGCCCCGCACCCCUGCCCGCACCUCCUGGCAGCAGGGCGGCCGGCGGGUGGGAGAGGAUGGCGCAGUGCCGUGGCCGGUCCCCAGUCCCUUCCUUGCCAGUGGCACAGCCCAGGGAUGCUCUGAUGCUCGCCAUGGCCAAGGACGUGGGACCGGUGACCUUGCCAGCACUCGUGGGGGGCGAUGGGGAUGCUGGGACCUGGCGGCAGCCCCCUACACCCCAGUGGUGCCCAGGGAGAGGGACGCUGGGAUGGGGAGCACGUCUACCAGCGCAUCCAGGGGCCCUGGCUCCCCCCAGUCCUGCAGCGGGUGCCCCCACUGUGCAUUGAGCAUCUUGCCAUGCUCCUUCCCUGGGCGCCUUCUCCCUUCUCUCUCCCAGUGGCUCCCACGAGUGGACUCUGGGUCCCGACCAGAGCGACACCUUCCGCAUCGCCCUGUGGCCACCAGCAAUGGCACAAGGAGCCCUGGAGGUGCACGGUGUCAUGCUGGGUCACCCGCCUGGCAUGGGAAGCGAGGACAGGUCCCCGGCUGCCCCCCGCCCCUUCUCUGUAAGUUAUUUGCCAAAGCUUUCAUCUCAGUGGCCAAGCUGCCGUGCGCCCGAGUUGAUUUAGUCACGCCAAGCCGCCGCACCGGCCCCUCGGUUGUGAGCAGACACGCGGCCCAUUUCCUCCGCAGGCCCUUGAGGAAAGCUCCACUUUAUCCUCAUUUUGGAGGAUUCUUGUUUUUCCCUGUCCGUCCCCGGCCGCCCCGUCCCAGGCCGCUAUGUGUUCACAAAGGCAUUGAGCUGUGCCCAUUCUCUGCCGCUCCGGCUGGGGCCCCACACCGAUGCCCCGUGAGAUGCCCAGGGGGGCGGCGUGGGGUCCGGUACCCCAAAUUGCUGGCUCCAGCGAGCGGAUUUGGCUGGGCAGGGGGGGCAGAGGUCUGGCUCCUGCCCACGGUCCCUCCCCUGGAGCAGCACCUCUGCUCUGACCCCUGUGCGGAGGGGCUGGCAGAGAGGCAGCCCCCUGUGCACAGUCUUGCUUUCUCCAGGGCACCUGGAGUGGUAAGUUUGCUGCCAAAAAAGCAAAAAAAAAACCCUAAAAAAAUAAAGAAAAAGCCAUAAUUUGCGGGUGCUCCCGCAGUGCUGAGCACCACAACCCAGCACGGCCACGGCACGAGGGGCACAUGCUGCCCGGUCCCAGGGCACUGGGGCCGGGUAAGCCAGAGGGGCCCCGCAGAGCCCCGCACCCUGGAGGAAGGAGCAGCCCCCGGCGCUGCCGAAGCCCAGCAUCCAUCCAGGGAGAGGGGCAGAACUGCCCCCCCCCCCCCAUCCUGAGGGAGCAGGCGAUGCCAACGGCACAGCCCCGGGUACCACCCCGCUGCCGGUGGAGAACGGGGGCCAAUACCGUUUCUGUGUUGCUCUGCCAAUGCCUCCCGCUGCUGGUUGUGACGAUGAUCAUGUUUUAUACCCGGCCUUGUUCUAACCCCCAUCAGUCUCCCCAAUAAAGAUUAUAUUGGAACGAA